AUGGCCGAGGACUCCCCCAAACGGCGCAAGGCGAACUUCAACGAGGCGGAGACGGAGGUGCUGAUCGAGCAGGUGCUGAAGCACGAGCAGUUGCUGUUCGCGGCGGGACCCGGCCGCGCCUCCGCGGGCCAGAAGCGGAAGGUGUGGGAGCUGAUCCGGCACAAGGUGAACCCGGUGGCCGCCUGCCCCCGCGACGUGGAGGACCUGAAGAAGCGCUGGCGGGACCUGAAGCGCCGCGACCGCAGCAAGCUGUGCCGCCUCUCGCAGGGCUGCGGGCCGCCGGCGCCCCCCGCCCUCGGCCUCUUCCUGGCCCCCGAGGAGCUGCCGCCCGCCGCCGCGCCGCCCGCCCGCCGCCAGCGCCGCCCCUACGGCUCCCUGCUGCCCGCCGAGGCCGUGCCCAUCGUGGGCGGCAUCGACACGCUGGAGCUGCCCGGCGCCGUCGUGGGGGACAUGGGGUUUAAUGGCAGUCCUGGCCCAUCUCAUCAAUCCAGUCUUGAGCAGAUGAACCUCAAAGAAGAAAUAGUAGUGAAGGUGGUGGAGCCAGAAGAAAGCUCUGGGGACAUGGUAGUGGUUCCACCUAGUCAAGAACAACUGCCUUUUCUGGGGACAUCAGGUGGUGGUUCCUCUGGGAAAGUAAAAGCCAAAACAAAAGGCAGGUGCCAGGCAGACCAAAAUGAAAUGACUGAAGAGGACCUACUGCAGAUUCAGCAGACCCAAAUACAGGUGAUCCAGUCUGGCUUUGACAGUGUCAACCACAAUCUUCGGCUGCUGCAGCAAGGCAUGCAAGAUCUGAGUAACAGCAUCAGCAUCAUGGCACAUACACUUGUUGCUAUCAAGAACGUCUAUGUGAAAAACAACACUGGCCCAACCACACAUGCCACUGCAUCUACUCAGACCACAGCUGGGUACCUGAGCCCAGGAUCCCCCCAGCUCUCCCCUGCUAAGGACAGAGCUAGAGCACAGGUGGCUGGAAGCAGCAGCAGAAGCAGCAGCUGCAGCUCCAGCUCCAUGUCACAAGAACCAGGUCCUUCUGAGUUUCCUAGGCCCCCCCUGAGAACCAUUAAGAAAGAACAUCCAAAUGGCUGCUACUAUUUCUGCUUUGCAGAUGUGUAAAAACUUGAAUAGAUGUGAAAUGACUGUGUUGUUGGGUGCUGAUGUAUGUUCUGCUCCGGCCUGUGACUUCAAAGGAGUGAAGUGGACUUGCCUCCCAUGUUUUUCCCAGUGGGAAACAUUUUACUAUAGGUGGCAUUAAACACUAAUUACCAGCCUUCAGUUAACUCUGUUGCAGUUGGCUAAUAAAUUUCUUCUCUUUUCUUUAUCCUCUUAUUCUCUUAAAAAAAACCCCCAUUUAUUUUGAGUAAGACUUUUGUCUGUAUCAUCCUUUGUUUAAUGUCACCUUGUGAAAAAUAAAAGGCAUGAGAGUGGGGUAAAAAAGUAACAUUAUGGUUACUACCACCAGGAGCUAACUUACAGAAGUUAUUUGGUUCUUGGAUUAAACAAGCCUCAGAAGCAGCUGGCUUUUUAAGUACUUCUCUUUUCUAAUAGUUAUGUUGGGGGUGUUUGCUUGGUUGUUGUUGUUGAGGUUUUAGAAGUCUGAGCUGUGCAAGGCAUCACAGAAGGAGUUUAAGAUACUGCUUAUUCUAGAAAUGGUUUAGCACUGAGCAUUCACUGGCAUUCAUUAGUGUCCUCCUCAGAAGUCAUACAGCAUUGUUCCACUUGGCUGUUGUUCAUUCCUGGCUUGUCAAAUGCACCCUCUCUUCAGAGACAUUGUGUUUUACUGCACUAGCAGGGUAGUCUCUUUUUUUUAACCAGUCACAUGUUUAAAAUAGAGAAAUACAGAAAAAUGAGGAAUGGAUGAGUGAUGCCUGUUUCUGACAUAUAGGUUAUAUGUAGGCUGUAUCUUCAUCUGGUUUUUUAAGAAAUUGAAUCAAUACCACAGUGUUUGAAAUACAGAGAACAAAAAGCUUUGUAUUUUUUUUACCUGAAAUGGAAGUCAGAUUUGCUGUUAAAUUACAGGAGGCAGGGGCUCACUUCGUUCUAGACAAAUGCUCCUGCAUAGUUUAGAAAGUUUGGAUUAUCAUUUCCUUUCUCAUAACUAAGUAGCCAAGGAAGAAGAAAGAUGAGGACGAGUUGGAGCAAAAUGUAACUUGGUGUCAACUCUGAAAUAAGCAAAAAUCAUUUUAUCUUCAUGCCAAAAAGAAAAAUUGCCAUUUCGUAUUUAGAUAGGGAAAACUGUUGUCACUGGCAAUAUUUUGUGUUUCAGGCUUACAUAUUCGAGCCACUCUACUUUGCACAAUUCAGAAGUAGCAGAGGUGCAAUGUUCUUGUAUCUGGCAGUUGUACCAGAGGUCAAACAAAAACACUCACCUGAAAUGUUGUCCAAUGAAAAGUCAUACAGGUGCUCUUCUUAAGCAUUUAUCACCAACAUUUAAAAAGGUUCUGCAGAUAAAUUUGGCCUAUAGCAAUGACUGGCUGCUUGUAGUGUUACAGUCAGUUUGCACAAGCAUUCCUGCUGCAGAAAUUUAGCAAAUACAAAUAACAUAGAGAAUCACAAUGAAACUGCCCCUCUCCUAGAAGCAUAAGAAUAUGUAAUCAUAGCAUAAGGUAUGCCACUUUUGCAGUCAGCUUUGACUGAACACCACCGUAUGAAAAUGUUCAUGUGCACCAUUUUGGUGUACUGAAUUAACUCAUCUGCACUUCAGAAACCAGCCACUGCUGCCUACUAAAAUGUGAAAACAGGGUAAUCAGUUAGCAAGUGUUUCCCUUCAGAAUCACAG